AUGCUUACGGGCUUUGAAGCACUCGGCGCGGCGAGCGCAGUUUUGCAAGUCAUUUCGUUUGCAGCCGACGUCGCUGUAGCUUGCAAAAACGCAUACGAUGGAGCGACAACUUCUCACGAUGAUCUCCAGCGCUACGCGGGGCAAAUGUCCGAAGCCGUCGAUCGAGUACACACUCGCUGCGAGCAGAUGCGCAAGACGAACACCAAGUUUGCUAGUCCAAAGCUGCAAAAUAUUGCUAAGGAAUGCAAAGAUGCCACCGAUAAGCUGGAAGACGAGGUCAAGUGCGUGACUAGCUUGCAGGCCAAGGGAAAUCUCGCCAAGGCUAUUCGCAAGGCUACCGUAACUGCAUGGCGAAGGAAAAAGCUACAGGCUCUUGAGGAAUCGCUUUCAAUGUAUCAACAGAGCGAUGCGAUAUACUUACAGCAAGACGCAUCGUUCGGUAAACUGGAUACCGAUGUCCAGUUUCUCAUCGGCCAGCUAGCUCAGGGUAUCACUGAUGUCAAGGAUCUUGUGAAGCGAGAACACGUUGCAAUUCGCAACGCCAUUACCCAAGAAGGUGCCAGGGCCGAGGCAGCCAUCAAUUCGCAUACGGACAGCCAAGUACUGGAGCUCAGGACUACGGCUGAGACAAAGAGAAAAUGCGAAACCCUUCUUCAAAGCCUUAAAGCUCCACGGAUGAAUCAACGCUACAACGAUGUCAUGGACUCAAGAGAUGCAAGCUUCAACCAAGUAUUUGCUACUUAUGAAGACAUGAAGGCCAUGUAUGGGGGGGAUUCAGAUGAAAGUGACCAUUCAACAAGUGACUAUGAGUCAGAGAAUGACGACAGAUCGGAAGAUGAAGACGAAUCAGAAAAUAACGUUGAUACGCAAGACGACAAUGAUCCAGAAGAUGACGCUGAUGACGGAGGUAAUACGGAGGAUACUGGCUCAGAGAGCUAUGAAUCCUCCGAAGGGUCUAACGGACCUGACUAUAUGAGCAUCAUGGGUGACAUGGAUAACAUCUACGACUCGUGGUUCAGUUUUAACUCGUGGCUAAAGUCAGAUGACAAAUUGUUCUAUAUCCAAGGGAAGCCAGGCUCCGGGAAAAGCACUCUUGUCAAAUUCGUCCUAAACCAGGACCAAACGAGAAACUUGGUACAAGAAUGGAGCCCCGAUGCGAUUAUCAUUUCCUACUUCUUUUGGAAAAUUGGCUCAGAGGAGCAGAACAGCAUAAAAGGUCUCUGGUGCUCUCUGCUGUACCAGAGACUCCAAGAUCAACAGCAAUUGAUGUUGAGUACUCUACAGCAAUUCCGUCACUUGUCCUUGCACUCAGAAUAUCACGAUUGGUCUGUCAAGGACCUACAAGCUGUCUGGGACUAUGUUGUGAACCUCGAUACUCGACAUAUAUGCAUUUUUGUCGAUGGACUGGAUGAGAUCCGGGAUAAAGAUGGAUUUUCUGAGCUGGCUCAGUCUAUCCAAUUGAUAUCAAGGCUUCCAAGAAUCAAGCUUUGCGUGUCGACUCGGCCUGAGGCGCAAAUCAUGAGGUGGCUCAAGACGACAAGUGCAGAGGGGAUCCUCCUUGAGCAAUUGACGAGAUUCGACAUGCUUGACUUUGUACGAAAGAGGUUAAGUGGGCCAUCAUCGGCUAUCCAUUUAUGCUGGGGACAUCAUGAGUUCCUUAGCCAAGGGCUUGUCGCUAAAGCCCAAGGUGUAUUUCUCUGGCUUCAUCUCGCUACACGAAGCAUCAUCGAGGGGAUUGAGAAUCAUGAUUCCGAGGACAUGCUUUUGACACGACUCCACGAGCUUCCCGGCGACCUUGAGAAGUUGUACGUCGAUAUGUGGGAAAGGCUGAACGCAAAGAGUUCUGUCUAUCGAGAAACAGCUCGUCAGUACUUUCGCUACGUUAUGCACGGUUCUCAUGCAAGAAUUCGGUGUGGACCUAGAGAGGCGUGGAGAAUAGUUUCAUUGCCAUCGAUACUUCAGAUCACCUGCGCAGAGAAUACGGAAAUACAACAGAGUCUCCUGACAAGUACGGGUACAAUUGGAGUCACGGAGAUUUUAGGAAUGUGCAAUAAUACAAAGGCUUCUAUACACAACCGGUCCGGAGGGUUGUUAGAAGUACAUCCGUUAGAGCCUGGCCCAUUUGUACGCCAAUGGUUGGGCUCUAAUGACAUUACGUUGAGAGAUAUAUCUGGCAACGUUGCGUUCAUUCAUAGAACAGCACAUGACUUUUUGACAGACACAGAAGCGGGCCAGGAUAUCCUAGGAUGUGGAAAACUGCCCGACUUUACUUCGCAAUCGCGACUUCUGAAAGGCUUGAUCUGCUCAGUGGUAUUUCUAACAUCCGAAUUGGAUCUUGUAUGUGGAACUGAGGAAAUUAUGCGACAAAUCACCGACUAUGCACAGGCAUGGGGAACUGCAGGUGUGCAAUUGGCAACCGAGAUGCUUGACAUCAUUCGGCCACUACGUAACAAGAAACUUUUAAGAAAUGAUCUACGUUCAUGGGCACCUCAGCGCCCAUUCUUGAGUUACUUGGCCAACAAGGAGAUUUUUGAAGAUUACGUCAUUUCUUGCCUGACAACUGAAACCUCAUCCCAUCUGGCCACCACUAUCAUGCGAGAGGGAUGGUACCCGUUAUCAGAGAUCAACCUGUCCAAGCGGAUGUUCAACGCACUAAUAAACCUUGGAGCGGACCCACACGAGUAUGAUGUACUUCUUAGUUCUUGGAAUUCAGAACCCAUUGUCAGAAAGGGAACAGCGUUCACCAACUUUCUAACGGGCUUUAUUUUGACGCAAGAAAGUACUUUGAGUGGAGAGAGGCAGACACCGCAAAGUCUAAAUGAAAGGCUGCACCGAGAGACAGUACGCGAAACUUUAAAAAUGGCCAUGAGUAUGGCGAGGACUUGCCAAGACCUGGAAACACCUGUUGCAUUGUUUGCGUCCUUUUCUGAGACUGGGACUAUGAGGGUAGUGAUCCCUGGAGUGAUAUUGGGGGCCUACCGAAAUUCCACGUACAACUUUGUGGUUUUCGAAGUCAAUGUACAGUUCCUGCUACUCAGUCUACUCUCAAAGAUUGGUGGGGAUCUUGCUCAAGACAUACUAGCAGAUGCUCAAGCUGAGGAUGUCCUUUCAAAACUCGACAGACCGUCGGUUAAGAUUCGAUACUUCAAGCUAUCAGAGCUAACAGAGGACUAUUCUGAGAACGUUGGGAAUCACAUCCUGGCUCCACUGAUACAGCGAAUUGUGUCUUCAGAAAGUUCUCUACCAAGAAACGACAUUGAACGUCUUUUUGAUGUAGACUUCACGAGCCCUCAGGAGGAUUUACGCAUGCGAAAUGAGGAUAGGACAGAUCUCGAAAUCAUUACCGAAUAUGUUAAAGACUUGAAGACCGAACAAGUCAAUAUCGAAGGUGUGGUGACAGAUUUAGCUGCUGAGAAUCUGGAAUUUUGUACAUUUGAGAAGGCGGGCAUAAUCCCGAGUCUGGAUCACUUCAGGAAACUCAGAGAAAAUGGUCACGGUUCAGAAUUUCCUUUAUCAAUGCGGCAGCUUGAAGCUGCAGCGGCUAGAAAGGAAGCAACUGGAUGUCAAGAGUAA